AUCGCGAGCUCCUCCGCGCAGCCUCCCUGCAUCCUCCCGCGAGCAUCACUGUGCACCGAGCGGAGCAACGAGGCGGACACUGACCCUCCGAGCGAAUUUAUGCGGUUUUUAUACCCCGGGAUAGAGGCUGGUUCUCGUUGAUUUCCUCCCUCCUCGCCUCUCUGGAUGGAUGUGAAGUAAAAGGCUGCGGUCGUCUCUCUCUCCGUGUCCUCUCUCUAUCUCUGCUCUUUUCUCCCGCUCCGUCAGCUCCGCAUCCUGCCCUCAUCUACAAAAUGGCGGACAUGAUCGAGCUGGGACCCGCCUACGGUGAGACGAACCGGGCCUUUCUGCUCCAUCUCUGCACGCUUUACUCUCGACAAUCGGGCUUUUAAACUCAUGUCUGUGUAGUAUAUGAGGCCUUUAUUCUGUUCAAAUAACUGUGUUACACUUAAAUGUCGCGUGGAGUCGACAGUUAAUGAUUGUUAUUUUUACGAGUCAUUCUUCAUUUAAACCCCAUUAUAUAUUACUCUGUUUUCUUUAUUUACAUUCAGGAUCUUUUUUUACUCGAUCUUAUUCUCUUAAAUGUGAUUAUUACACAUUAGAAAGGCUGACAUGAAAAUCUCGACCUUUCUUUGCAGUAUUAUAAAUUGAAAACCAAACAGAGGAUGUUAAAUGUGGAAGAAAAGAGUGUAAUCUCGGUUUCAGGUUAAAUUUUGACUGUUUUUCUUAUAAAUUUGAAGAAAAUAACAUUAUUAAUGUACGCCUCAAAUAGGGCAGUCUCGUGCUCCUACGCACAGUCUGCCUCGCACUAGUGGGCCUAAAUGUGCGUGCGCGUGCGUGUCAGUCGGGGUGGGUAGAGGGUGACGUCAUGUCUGUCCGGUGCGGGUAUUCUUUUUUUUUUUUAUUACAGAGAAAUUUAUCACUGAAAUGUAUAAACACACUUAUAUAAAUACACUAAUAUUAAUACUCAGAUAUAUAAAUACAUCAAUAUAAACACUCAGGUAUAAAUACUCAUAUACAAAAACACUGAUAUUAAUACUCAGAUAUAUAAAUAUACUCAUAUAAACCCUCAGGUAUAAAUACUCAAAUAUAUAGAAACACUUAUAUAAAUACACUUAUAUUAAUACUCAGAUAUACAAACACUCAGGUAUAAAUACUCAGAUAUAUAAACACACUAAUAUAAAUAUUCAGAUAUAUAAAUACACUAAUAUUUAUACCCUAAUAUAAAAAACCUUAGAUACUCAGAUAUAUAAACACACUAAUAUACCCUAAUCUAAAUUCUCAAAUACUCUAAGUACUUUGAUAUAAAUAUCCCCAGUCUAAAUACUCAGACAUAAAUACUCUGAUAUAAGUACUCUAAAUAAACAAAUCUAAACUCUCAGAUAAAAGUACUCUGAAAUAAGUACUCUGAAAUAAGUACUCUGAUAUACUCUAAUCUAAACACUCAGAUACAAAUACUGUGAUAUAAGUACUCAGAUAUAAAUACCCUAAUCUAAACCCUCAGAUAUAGAUAUUCUUAAAAAGAUGAAAAAGUGUUUCUGUGUGAUUUUCUGUUGUAUCUUAUUUACAGUCCACUUACCUUUGGCAUGUCCUCAUUCAUCAGUGAUUGUCGUCAGCUCCUCCUUUCAGUCACAUAUGAAGUUGAUAAUCAUGAACUCCGACAAAACAUGUUUGUCACAGCACAGGGUUGAACAGCAGAAGGACACAAAAAUGCAGACAAAAAAGGAUUAAAUAAAUGAAAGACUAAUCUUGAAACAACAAAAACUUACUUUAAAAAACACAAGGAAAAAAAAUCCAACAAAAGACAUCGGGGGGGGGGGGGGGAAUCACAAGGAGACAAGGAGCUCAGACAUCCAGGAUCUCGGAAAACAGGCAGACACAAAACACACAACACGAUAUGGACCAAAAGUCAUAUCCCGAUAUAUUUAGGCUGAAUAUCGAUAUACGAUAUAUCCCGAUAUUGUUAUCGUCAAGUGAGAGCAAACGUUUAAUCACAGUCAAAGCCAAAUAUGACAUGUCACAAGUAGUUCUAUUUAAACUGGCUGAAUGAAAUUAUGCUCAGCUGUUCAAAAAACAAUAAAAUGUAAACUGCUGUAUAACCACAGGAGUACCUUUUUUUUUUUUUUAAUCUGAGCUCCAUAAGAUACACAUUUAAAUGAAUAAUAUAUCUUAAAUAAAAAUAGCCCAUAAAGUGAAAUAGGCAGAUCUUUUUCUGAAAUAAAUUUGUUUAUAUAAGAGCAUCAACAUUUUGACAGCUAUAAAUGGCCUAUUAAAAUCAAAUAGCAGAUUUUGUUCUUCUCUCUAACAAAUCCACAGAUGCAAACAAGGAACACUACAAAAGAAAAUCAAUAGAACAAACACUAGUAAGUUUUAAAGACAGAACAAAAUAAAGUGCUCAGUUUAAGAAAAUUGUUUUUAAACAUUGUUUUGCGACUACCUAUCAGUCUUUCUUAUGUUCUUGACAGUCUCAACCAGUUGCACAAGACUAUAACAGAUUAUGAACUCAGUAAACAUUUCCCCCUCUUUUUUUUUUACUUUGAUAAACAGUUAGUGCUGCCUUGAGGUCGACAUUAGAGGACAGACAGUGUCCUUCUUUGUUUAACCCAUUCAGACCUGAACCCUGUUCAAGACAAGCCUCUGAAAUACUGAGGGCAAUUCUGAGAAGGGCCCCCACAUCCUGAGGUUUUCUUUAAUUGUUGAGGUUUACAAAAAGCUGAUAUCGCUGCUAGUGGUGGGGGAAAAUAUUGAUUCUUAGAUGCAUCUCGAUUCAGGCAAGGACGAUUCUGAAUCGAUUCACAAACGUCCAAAUUCCGAUUAUUUAGAUGUUAAAUAACGUGAAAUAGGCGGAACGAAAAGGCGGAACUCGUGCAGCGCGUUGUCACCCGGCGGACACUUUAAGGGGAGCACAUAACAAAGAAGCAUGGCUGAGCGCGAGAUCCACCCUGCCCCUUCCGGAUUAAAAGCUAAUGUAUGGAAGAAUUUUGGCUUCUACAGAGUUGAGGGUGGACUUGAACUGGACAAGAGCCACACUAUAUGUAAACUGUGUCACUCCAAGAUAAAAUACUUUGGUAACACCACGAACAUGAGGAGCCACAUCACUCGUUUUCACCCGAACGAGGAGGGAAGAUGCCCGGCUGCUGUCGAGGCUACGGCUGCCUCCACCAAACAGAGAACAAUCGAGCAAGCAAUUACAAAGCUUCCCCCCUCAUCGGAAAAGGCGUAAAGAAUCACGAAGUCCAUCGCUACAUUUAUUGCCAAGGAUUUACGUCCGUAUUCAGUAGUGGAGAACCAGGGCUUCCGAGCACUACUGCACACGGUGGAGCCGAGAUACAACAUUCCAUCCCGACGCUACUUCACUGACACGGCCAUCCCGACACUCUACAAAGAGACCAAAACAGAAGUCAUGGCCUCCCUGGGGAAAGCUGGUAGGAUAGCAGACACAGUGAGACAAAAAGAAAUGUGUAAUAGCUGGGGGGGGGAUAAUCGUUUCAGAAUCGAAUCGUAGCCCCUGAAUCGUAAUCGUAAUCGAAUCGUGAUGUGCCUGAAGAUUCCCACCCCUAAUCUCUGCCUCUGUAGCAGAUAGAAACAAAAUUCAAAUAGUAUUUGAGAGCUUACACACGUGGCUUUCAAGAUAUCUCUUAUUUUUCUGAACCUUCAUCACAUAAUUGAAAACCUUGAACAAACAAACUUAAAUGAAGUAAAGCAGCGCUCUGCAUUGGAGAAUAACAAAUAAUUUUCUUUCUGUAUAACAAGUGGCAGUCAUGAUAAAGUGUCCAUCAAUACAAAUGUAAAUGUAAAAAAUGAAGUGUUGAAAGGGUAUACAGCUGCCCCAGUAUAGCGCCAGAACAAAAGCAGCACUAAAAAAUAGAUAAGUGGCUGACAGUGUGUUCAUGUCUGUGCUCACCUAAAGUCAUGCAACACUCACAGAAACGCCGAUAGUGUGAACCAAAGCACUCAAUAUGAAGAGGUUGUUCACCCUGCUGGAUGCUUCUCCUCCAAAGCUGCUCUCUGUCUCUGUCAUUGUUUACUUUCCUCACAAAGCACGUAGCAAGAUCCGAGCAUGAAUCCGAUUGCUUUAUUAAGCUGUCAGAGAUAUGAUAAUUUGCUUCACCACGACUCCAGAAAUGACUGAAAAACUACAGAAUGUUACAAAAUGAUGCACCCGCGCUCCCGGCUUAAAGGGUAGAAAUGCGCAGCGGCGCCGUCGGUGUUGUGCUGUAGAAAGCACCCCUGCCAUAGAAUGCAACGGGAGCGCAGUUGAAAGUACAUAACAAGGCGAAAUAAUCCAAGUUUUCCUUACCAUUGGGUGGUAGUCCACCCAAUGGUGACCGUGCCUGUCUGUCUUUUCCGUGGAGGAUGUGGAAGAUGUCUACCUUUUCGGAACCACAAUAACAGGUCUGUUGCUGUUUGGCUUUUGUUUCGCCCUGAUUUAUCUAAAAAACAAGGAGAUGCUGGCAGCGGUCAAGAGCCCCCAAAGGCUGCCCAUCAUGAUUUUUGAGGCAAAGCCGUAGGAACUCUUUCUGGGGCUGUCUCUAAUCUUCAACAUCCAUGAUUGGGGAUCGCAAGGGAGAUGUCAUCUUGGAGAGGCUUUCGACAUUGCAGAAGACAAUGGAUCGAUAUAGAGACCAGGAUGGACAAUCAGAGGAGCCGAAGUCUAUUGGAAUGUGGCUACUCGCUCUAACCCAAACAUUCUAAUCUACUAUUCGGCUCGCUCGGUAUCGGCCUUGGCCAAGGUCAAUGCUGGCACAACUCCUCCAGGAGAUCUCAGCAAUUAGACGCUCUGAACUUUCCUCCCCAACCCCCUCCUUCAUGGACACCUGCGGAUUGUUGACUUCGUCUGGAGCUCAAUCAAGGUCACCAAGAUUGUGGUGAUGGAUGGAGUGACCUCCUGGGCCUACGCACACACGCAUCCAUGAACCUUCACACACAUGCACAUACGCACACACUCACCUCUCCCCCACCCAACGCUGUCGACGCUUCACCUCUCAGUGUGGUGGGUGGUGCUCUGACUGGCGGCGCCCGUGGGCAGCAGCUGUGGGCUUCCCACCAUCACUAAUGACCCAUUCCACUACCCCCCCCCCACCAUAGCAUGUCUCCGAAUCUCUGUGUAUGUGGUGUCAGUAAUGUGCUCAUGUUGCUGAGGGUUUUUUUGUCACUGCAAUCAUAUUAAUGAGAGCAGUCUCUUUUUUUUACCUCCUCCUCUCCCUCCCUCUUGUGUGUACUUUCCCCAUCUGUAAAUGCAAUUUCGUUGUGCACAGUUGCAAUGACAAUAAAGACCAUACCAUACCAUUCAAAAGUGUGUGCCUUUAAUGAUUUCAUUCAGACUAUUCAGAUAAGCCGAAAGCAACAACCCUCUGAUUCUGAAUAUUUGCUGUCCCAAAAAUAUAAUGUUCUAUACCUUGACAGCUUACUGUACAGUUUAUAUAGUAUACCUCUAUGUGUGCAUUUCUGGGACACGUAAAAACAGAACAAAAGUUUGCUGCUCCAUUUGACAUGUUGUCAUGAUCCAACAUGAUCAUGAUACUCUUGUUUUUUAAAAUAUGAAAUCAUAUUUCUUCCACUUUAAGAAGCUAAUGAGCGGAUGGGAUGCAUUCUACGGCAGGGAGGCAUUCUACGGCACAACACCAGCUCGGAAAGUUGAAAUGCGACACACUUCUCCCGGCUUGAAGGGCUGAAAUACCUACAUGCUCCCGGCUUUCCGAGUAGAAAUGAGAAGCCAUGCUCCCGGCUUGGAAGGUUGAAAUGUGGACAUGCUGUCCUGGUUUAAAUAGGUUAAAGAUUUUGUGUGAGAAACACCAGCCCGUCAACAACAGCAUCUGAUAUGUAUAUCGAUAUGCAAUAUGGUCCAAUUCCAUAUCGCAUUUGAAAAUAUAUCGAUAUAUCGCCCAGUCUUACAAUACAACACAACACAACAAAGAACACAACACAACACAGAACAGAACAUACAACACAGCACAGAACACACACAAUGAACCAACAAAACAGAGAGAAGACAGGGACUAUAUACAUGCACACAGGUAAACAAGACACAGGUAAGACAGACGAGACACAGGUGAGAAUGAUGAGUGAUUAACAAAUGAGGGAAAACUAGGGAAGUAAAACUAGACCAGAAACACAAGGAAUCAACUCCUACAAAAUAAAACAGGAAACACAAGGAACCAACUACUACAAAAUAAAACACAAGGAAUCAACUCCUAAAAAUUAAAACAGACUAGAAACACAAGGAAUCAACUUCUACAAAAUAGAACAGAAGGGAAACAGGGGCAAACUGAAAACUCACAAGACUGGACUACAGUGGAACAGAAAAACUUGGGAAAACUGUGUGUGCGUGUUUGUGUGUGUGUGUGUGCGCGUGUUUGUGUGUGUGUGUGUGUGUGUGUGUGUUACAGCCUCAUAAUGUCCUUGUGGGACAACAGUCCUCUGUGCGCUGCGAACAAAGAGCCUCAUAGACUCCUCCUCGGACUCCUCCUCCUCCUCCUCCUGCUGCUGCUGCUCUUCGUCUUUACCCUGCCCGUCUAUCACCCCCCCCCCCCCCCCCUCCCACUCCUCCUCUCUCACCCUUCCCUAAUGAGGCCUUGUGGGACAUUGUCAUGGUGACACUGUUGUUUCAACCUGUGAUGUCACUGUGUAAAAAUGAUGAAGUCAUUUCCUCUGACUCAGCUGGAGACCCUCUCUCGUGUCUCUGAGCUAGACUGUUUGCAUUGCAUUAUGGGAGAUUUAGAUGGUGCUGUUCCUCAUGGAUCUGAGUGUUUGUGGUGUACUUUCCCUUUAAGAAAAAAGAUGAACACACAACCGUCCUUUAAAGAUGGUGGUCUAGUUUUGAGGAUCAUAACUUGUGUGUGUGUGUGAGAUCUCAGAGUGUCCCUCCUCUAACCCGCCCCUCUCUCUUCCCCCUCAGCCAUGUCCCCGGUCCUGGCGGGCUUCCUGGGGGCUGGUGUUCUGGUUCUGGUGGUGGUGGUUCUCGUUCUGCUGUGGUCCUUCUGUCAGCGUCGAUACCUGCGGAUCUCUGGACGCUACAAGCUGCACGGCGACCGUUACUGCGACGCCGAGGACCCCCCCUACAAGUUCAUCCACAUGCUGAAGGGCAUCAGCAUUUACCCAGAAUCCCUAAGCAGCAGCAAAAGGAUCGUACGCGGUAUCCGGCGUGCCGACCGCUGUGACCAUGACGGUGAGCGCGGCUGCCCGGGUACCUUGGGGCGGGGCAUGGUGCUGGUUGACGCCGAGAACAACAUCCUGGACGUACCGGGUCAGCUGCAGAUGAGCCACCUGGUCCCUCCUGCUGGACCGGGCCCCGCCCACGGCCAGGCCCAGCUGGAGCGGGCGCUGCCGGUACGAGCAGACUACUGCUGCCUGGACAGCAGCUCAGCCAGCAGCAGCCAGACCAGCAGCAAAACGGCGUCCCCUUUCACCCCCGCCUCCUCAGAACCUGAACCUGAACCCAGCCUGGGAACAAUCAGCCUAACUGUCGACUACAACUUCCCUAAGAAGGCGCUUGUGGUGACCAUCGUGGGGGCCCGGGGCCUCCCUGCCAUGGAUGAACAGGCCGGAAGCUCGGACCCGUAUGUGAAGAUGACCAUCCUGCCCGAGAAGAAGCACCGCGUCAAGACCCGCGUGCUGAGGAAGACCCUGGACCCGCUGUUCGAUGAGACCUUCACCUUCUACGGUGUGGCGUACAGCGCGCUGCCUGAGCUCACGCUGCACUUCCUGGUGCUCAGCUUUGACCGCUUUGCACGUGAUGAUGUCAUCGGGGAGGCGGUGAUGCCCCUGAAAGGUGUGGACCCAAGCACAGGACGAGUCCACCUGAGCCAACAGAUCAGCAAGAGGAACAUGCAGGUGAGGGGGCUUAAAGGGCCAGUACGUGUUUUUUUUACUCCUGUGGUUUGGUGAUAUGGUCGGUGACUGCAACUGUGACAUCACUUCCUCCCUGGGUUAGACCCCAGACAGGUGAUUAGCUGGGCCAAUCAGGGUCAGUUUAGAAGAACCAGCAUGAACCCACCAUCUCAGUUCUCCUCUAAAACAGGGGCGUCAGUCCUGGUCUCAAAUCUGAGUGAUGACCAGAGUCCGUCUGAAGAUGAUUAGCUCAGAUUACAGGGAUCCACACUAACUUUGUCCACAUGUUCUCCUAAGUUGAAAAAGUAAGGAGCACACAAAGAACUUUAGGGGAACAUUGAAAAUUGAUCAAUAAUGUUUGUCUUAUUGAUCGACCUUAGUGCUAUUAUUUGAAAUCAAUUUUAGGUCUUUUGGUCACAUGACAUUGAAGCCAUAGAAGGAAAACAGCCUUUUCUGAGAACAUCAACUAGUAAUUUAUUGACGGUCCCUUAUUCAACACCUGACGUUGACAGCGAGGGUGCUGAGUAGAUUUAACCGCGCUGCUGUUGUUAUUCCCGGUUAUGGAGAGUGAGAAGACACUGGUAGAUCCUCAAUGAAUGUCCGUCAAAUAUCCAAACUAAAACUAACUUCACCGCCGUAUUUAUAGGAAAAAAAAAAACAUUUGUUGAUUUUUUUAAUGUGCACAUGACCCUAAAUACAUUUUACAAUUCAACACAUCUAUUUUUAGUCGCAAAUGAGAGAGAAACGGUCGCACUGUCGAUACCUGCAUUAGCAGGUCUCUUACAGUUGAGAUGAUGUUUGUCUUUAUUAGCAGUCUCUCACAUGAGUGGACCUGCUCAGCUGUUCUUUCUCCCAGCAGAUCCUCGUUCUCCUGAAGCGUCUCAACGUUUCUGUUUCAAACACAAAAGAAGUGAAAACAGGUUUACCUCUAAAUUUAAGAACAUCUGAGUCCAUGAUGGCGAAGUCCUGACUGUGUGUGUGUGUGUGUGUGUGUGUGUGUGUGUUGUUGUUGUAAUGGUGACUCAGUGGGUGUGACCUGAGGUUUGCAGAAUGUGAUGACCUGAUCCGAUCACUGUUGUUUUACUGACUUUAUCCAACGCAUGGAUGCGCGCGCAUGUGUGUGUGUGUAUGUGUGUGUUUACAGUGUGAGAGUCGUGGCGAGCUGCUGGCCUCUCUGUCCUACCAGCCUGUCUCUCACCGCCUGAGUGUGGUCGUCCUGAAGGCUCGUCACCUCCCCAAGAUGGACAUCACCGGCCUGUCAGCCAGUGAGUAAAGACAGCUGACCAGCAGGAGGCGCUGUCUUCUAUCAUAGUGAACAUUUACAGUCUUAAAGCCUCUUUUUAACCAAACUAUUUCCUGUUUGUCUUUGGCUGUAAAUAAAUCCCUCAGAAAGAGGAUUUGAAUGUCUGUCCUCAGGACUAAAAAGACUGAAAAUAAAUAAACGUGUUUACCUCAUGUGUAACAACAACAACAACAACAACCAUAUUAAAGUGGAGAUUACUGCAGGGUCAGGGGAGAAGGACACAUGUGGAGUAUGUGUAGAGCUCCCCCUGAUGGAUUAUAAAUCAUAUUACAGCUAAGAUAUCACAUAUAAAUAUCACAUAAACAAAACCCAAUUCCAUUGAAGUUGGGAAAUUGUGAUAAAUGUAAAUAAAAACAGAAUACAAUGAUUUGCAAAUCCUUUUCAACCUAUAUUUAAUUAGAUACACAACAAAGACAAGAUAUUUAAUGUUCAAACUCAUAAACUUUGUGUUUUAGCAAAUAAUCAUGAACUUUAGAAUUUGAUGGCUGUAACGCGUGACAGCAAAGUUGGGAAAGGAGGCUAAAAAUACUGAGAAAUUUGAGGUAUGCUCAUCAAACACUUAUUUGUAACAUCCCACAGGUGAGCAGGCUAAUUGGGAACAGGUGGGUGCCAUGAUUGGGUAUAAAAGCAGCUUCCCCAAAAAUUCUCAGUCAUCCACAAGCAAGGAUGGGGCGAGGUUCACCACUUUGUGAAACAGUUUAACCACAUGGGCUCAGGAACACUUCAGAAAACCCCUGCCAGUAAAUACAGUUCGUCACUACAUCUGUAAGUGCAAGUUAAAACUCUACUAUGCAAAUCCAAAGCCAUUUAUCAACAACAUCCAGAAAUGCCGCUGGCUUCUCUGGGCCCAAGCUCAUCUAAGAUGGACUGAUGCAAAGUGUUCUGUGGUCUGUCGAGUCCACAUUUCAAAUUGUUUUUGGAAAUAGUGGACCUCGUGUCCUCCGGGCCAAAGAAGAAAAGAACCACCUGGACUGUUAUCGACGCAAAGUUCAAAAGCCAGCAUCUGUGAUGAUAUGGGGGUGCAUUAGUGCCCAAAGCAUAGGUAACUUACACAUCUGUGAAGGCAACAUUAAUGCUGAAAGGUACAUACAGGUUUUGGAGCAACAUAUGCUGCCAUCCAAGCAACGUCUUUUAUAAUGGACGCCCCUGCUUAUUUCAGCGAGACCAUGCCAAGCCACAUUCUGCACAUUUUACAACAGCGUGGCUUCGUAGUAAAAGAGUGCGGGUACUCGACUGGCCUGCCUGCAGUCCAGACCUGUUUCCCAUUGAAAAUGUGUGGCGCAUUAUGAAGCGUAAAAUACGACAACGGCAACCCCGGACUGUUGAACAACUGAAGAAUGGGAAAGAAAUGGGAUCUGCAAGAAUAGGAAAGAAUUCCACCUUCAAAGCUUCAACAAUCAGUCUCUUUAGUUCCCAAACGUUUAUUGAGUGCCCCUGUCCAAACUACUUUGUCACAUGUUGCAGCCAUGAAAUUCUGAGUUAAUUAUUUGCAAAAAAUACGUUGUUCUUAAACUGUUUGACUAUUUGCUCACGCAGUUGUUCACAAAGUGGUGAAGCUCGCCGCAUCCUUGCUUGUGAAUGACUGAGAAUUUUUGAGGAAGCUGCUUUCAUACCCAAUCAUGGCAUCCACCUGUUCCCAAUUAGCCUGCUCACCUGUGGGAUGUUCCAAAUAGGUGUUUGAUGAGCAUUCCUCAAAUUUCUCAGUAUUUUUUGACACUUUUACCAACUUCUUUGUCACGUGUUGCAGCUAUGAAAUUCUGAGUUAAUUAUUAUUUGCAAAAAAAAUAAAGUUUAUGAGUUUGAACAUUAAAUAUCUUGUCUUUGUAGUGUAUUCAAUUAAAUAUACACUACAGGCCAAAAGUUUGGAAGCAAGAUCAUAUUUGUACAAAAAAAGAUCAUAGUGCAACACGAUAAACAUGACUAUUGUGUAAAGAGUAACUUAUCAGAAGACAUUUUGACUAUAAUUAUUAGGUAUUUGAGUUAUUGUUGCUUAGACUUUGCUUUCUUUAAAGUAACCUCCUCUGACUUUAACAACAGCUUGGCAUAUACAAGGCAUUCGUUCCACAAGUUUUUUAAGGUAUGUUCCAGGGAUUUCAUUCCAAGCUUUCUUAAGUUCAUUAAAAGGAGACUGCUGAUUCGUGGGACGCGUUUUUCUGAUCGAUCGAUCCAAUUCAUCCCGCACAAGCUCAAUUGGAGAAAGGUCUGGAGACUGAGGGGGCCAAACCAUUUUGAAGAACACCUUCCUCUUCUUUUUUGUCUAGGUAACCCUGACAGAGCUUGGCAGAGUGCUUAGGGUCAUUGUCUUGCUGCAAAAUAAACUUAUGAGCCACAAGUCUUAGUCCAGAUGGAGCAGCAUGGUGCUGGAGGAUGGAGUGGUACUGUUCCUUCUUCAUGAUACCCUUUACGUCAAACAAAUCUUAUAGUCUAUCACCUGCAAAACAUCCCCAUACCAUGGAACUACCACCUCCAUGCUGAAUUGUGGGUGUAACACAUGGUGCUUUCAGACGUUCACCAGUUUGUCUGCAGACAUAGACUCUGCGUUUUGAACCAAACAGUGCAAACUUGUUUCUAGUCAUCAUAAGUCCAAUUUUUGUGAGCUUUUGCCCACUCAUAUCUCUUUUUCUUGUUCUGUGGACUAAGUAGUGUUUUUUUUUGCAGAUACACAACCCUUCAGACCAGCCUUUCUCAAACGUCAUUUCACGGUUGUCAGAGAUAUGGGUUUCGACCUUGUCAUGUUGAUUUCCUACCUUAUUUGUGGUGCUGUCUUUCGCCGUUCUCUCUUACUGGUGACAAUGCUAUGUUUAUCCUCUGCUUUCGUCCUUUUGUCUUUUGUCCAGGUCUUUUUUCUAUCAUCGUAACUUCCAGGUUCCCCUAGUCUCUUCAGAGUGUAGUGGACUCCUUUGUUAAACAACUUUAGGCGUUUUGCAAUUUCUCUUUCUGUGUAUCCUUCUUUCCUCAAUGUAAAAAGCUGUACUUUUGUUUCUUUACUCAGUUGCUUCUUUCUAGCCACUUUUGCGGUAGUUUGAACGCAGUUGAGAUUUAUUAGGAUUUUUGUAUGCAGACUCUCAAAAACCCAAAAAGUUGAAGUGAAUAAUCCAACUGUGAUUUGUUUUUAUGCUUUUGCCCUGAAGUUGUGACUCUUGCGAAUGUUUUCAACCCUAAAACUAAGCCCUUUUUAUCUUUUGCUGACAUAUAUUUAGCAAUGGUCUGUUAACAUCAAUGUAUAUCUGAAGGUAAUUGGAGGAAAAUGGUGCAUUUCCAUGAAAGCAACAUCUGAUCAUGGAGUAAAUACAUCCCAAAAUACAUAAAACUCAUGCUGGAUUAUAAAAAUAGCAUUGUGAACAAAUACUUAAGUUACUCCCAACUGUUCGGCCUGUAAUGGCCUUGCUUCCAAACUUUUGGCCCGUAGUGUAGGUUGAAAAGGAUUUGCAAAUCAUUGUGUUCUGUUUUUAUUUACGUUAAUCACAAUUUACCAACUUCAAUGGAAUUGGGUUUUGUAGCUAUCACCUUUAGAUAUCAUAUAUAGAUAUUGCUGAGUCCGUGUAUUUGAAGUCAUCAUCCUUACUCUUCUUAUCCUCCUCCUCAGAUCCGUACGUGAAGGUGAACGUGUUCUACGGCCGUAAACGCAUCGCCAAGAAGAAGACUCACGUGAAGAAGUGCACACUGAACCCUGUCUUCAACGAGUCCUUCAUUUACGACAUCCCGCCAGAGCUGCUGCCCGAGAUCUCUGUAGAAUUCCUGGUUGUCGACUUUGACCGGACCACCAAGAACGAGGUUCUGGGCCGUCUGCUGCUCGGCCUCCACAGCCCCGCCUCCUCUGGCGCCUCCCACUGGAGGGAGGUCUGCGAAAACCCCCGCCGGCAGAUCUCCAAAUGGCACAACCUGAGCGAGUACUGAGGAGGAAUCAGCUGAGAAACAGAGGCCUGGAGAAACAGACUCAGUGUACAGAACACACACACACACACACACACACACGGAUGCACACACACACACAAGGACACACACACAUACACACACACACACUCUGUUGUGAUCAUAGUUACACUCUCUCUCUCUCUCUCUCUCUCUCUCUCUCUCUGUAUUAUCUCUCUAUGACAUCUGCAAGUGUAAAAGAAUCCUGCAGUGAUUUCUGAAACUAAAGAAAAACACGUUUUUCAAAGAAAACCAUGACGUCCAUUUCUACGACUGUUCUCGUGUCUACUCGGCUGUGUGUGUGUGGACGGGGGGGAAGGAAUGCGCGAUCCAAAAGAAGAAAAAAAGAGACCCCCCCCCCCUCGCUGUUGUUGUCAUGCAGUUCAUCGCAUGUCUGUCCCAGAAAAAGAAGCAUUACAGACUGAAAGUGACGGGGAGAGAUUUCAGCUCCAACCUAAGACCAAGAUGCUCACUAACACUGCUUCUCAAUGAUAUACUCCAGUUAUAAAUACUUCUCUGUAGGACCAGUAAGAACCCGCUUCAGACCCCGACUCACUCCUGAUCCACCGCUUGGUCUAACGGCUCCAUGUUUGAAGGGGGGAUUCUGUUGGUUUUAGGCAGCAUGUUCCCCGCCUGCCUGCAGAGAGACAGACCCUCACCUCCAAAAGAAAAUCAGAUAUCAGUUCAUCGCCGCUCCUGCAGCAGAAAGAAAGACCCUGACCCUGAGGAGGAGGAGGAGUGAGAGUGAGCUCCUCCUGACUGGACUGUAGAUGCUAACAGCACCGCUCACAGACUGAUGGACCCUGUAAAAUACCUGUUUGUAACAUGAAUGAUACCCAAUUUACAAAAAAGCCAACCUCCUUGAAACGGGCGGGCAGGAGGACCGCUGACGGACGUUUGAACCCUGUUUGAUAUUUAUCAUGACCUCAUUAUCUCAGCAGCUCCUCCCACUGUGAGCAAGACGCCGCCCCUCAGAGCUCUGGAACUCCUCACUCAGUGCGUUUACAUGCAAAGUUCAAUCAGACUAAGCUCAUAAUUAGCUUUUUUUUUCACAGAAUCAGACUUCUUUCUUUGUUCGCGUAUACAUGCAGCUGAGAAAAUUGAGUUAUUGACGUGAAGGUGUCCUCCUCCCCAAAACUAGGGGCCGAUAUGGGUCUUCUCAGCAGCGCUAUUUCCGACCCCAUACAACCGUCAACAACAACAACAGCAGGUCCAUGUCAGACGUCAGAAGUGUCUACAACUGCUACUGGGCAUUUUGGAGCAAGAAGAUGGAGCAUCAUACAGCGUUGUUUUUGUCCUACAUGAUGGACGCGCUACUUUUUCUGCAGAUGAGACGCACGUUACUCCUCUUCUCUGGUGUUUUUGAUCCGGGGUUACCGGGGCGUGGCACACGCGCACAUGAAUUGUUUGAUCAUACUCCAACUACGCUGGUUACAUGGUAGAGAAAAUCGAAUUCCAAUCGCAUUAUCUGGGGGUCUUAAUCGGAGUUUGAGAACUCCAAUUAUAGUCGGACUAAGGUGUUUCAGUUAUCUGGUCUUAAUCGGAAUAAGGCAAUAAUUUGGUUUUCUUGAGUGUCAUGGAAACGUACUGAGUGUUUCCCAUUCCCCACAGCCGUGAACUGGAGAUCCUCGGCUACCCAAGAAAGUAGAUCCAGCAAAGACCCAAAAAUCAGGUCUAAAACAUUCGCACGAUACUGCUCUCCGUAAACAGACUCAGAUGAUCGGAUUAUUAAUGCAUUAACUCAGAAUACUGUCAGAGAAAAAAAAGGCGGGGCAAGAAAACCGACCAAUCACGUCUCUGGUUGGAGGAUGAUGCCAUGAACAACGUCCCAUAAUGAGAUAAUGAGGUCAUCUUUAAACACCAGCGCCCUUGGCUCCACCCCCGCCCUCUUUCUCUCUGUGCAUUUUUAGCUCCUCCCCUUCAACUGUCCUCUGACCUGCACCUGUCUGUGAAGGACUUCUCCCUGUGAACAUUUCCCCUGCAGUAAUGCUUUAAUCUGCCUGCUGGUGGCGCUGUCUGAAGUGACUUAAGUGGUUUUCAAAGCCAAGUGAAUAUCUGUCAAAGUGAACUGAAUUCAUUUGUUUUUUGAAACGACAACUAAAACAUUCAAAUCCCAGUUUUCAUUUAAUCAAAAUAUUCUAGAUUAAUCUGUUUAUCAUCGAGCCCUCGGCUGGAUUAUUCCAGAUUAAUCUGUUAAUCGUGGAGCCCGUGGCUAGAUUAUUCCAGAUUAAUCUGUUUAUCGUUAAACCCUCGGCUGGAUUAUUCCAGAUUAGUCUGUUAAUCGUUAAACCCUCGGCUGGAUUAUUCCAGAUUUCUUGAUGAAAUAAUCUGUGUAAAAUAAAGAGUCUUUCGAACAGACGCUCUGACUGUAGAUUUGUACAGAUGUUUGCGAUUUUUGCUGGUCUUCUUCCUGUCUGAUGUCCUCGGAGCUUCAGUGUGUUUGAGCGCCCCCUGCUGUAGACCUGGAUGCUAACCUCUCUGUUAGGUUUGUUAACACUAAUUGGACGUGCAAAUAAAAAAGUUUGCCCUGAACGCCUCGUCUGACGCUUCAUUUGUUCAAUAAAGUUGUCGGUCCGUCUCCUCUGCCAUGAAAAAUAAAAAUGUUGAUUUUCAUAAUUUCAGUUUUCAUCUCCAUCCAUGUUUCUGUCCCUUUCACUGUUUGUUGAAGUGGGACACAUCUGUUAAAGUUUUGAUCAGUUUUCUUCAUUUCUGUCUUUACAGUGACUUGAUACCCUGCAGGUUCUGAUCAUGAACAUUUACAGAUGAACAUCUGCAUCAGCUGAGUAAGUCUGUAAAAGUGAGAUUUUUUUUUCUUAAACAGCUCUCCUGCUGUGUCAGCCUGAAUCAGGUGACUCCGGUUAGAAGACAUAAAGGGGGCAGAUCUAAAUGUCCCCACUGACGACUGAUCCUGUUAUCCUGAAGUCUGUGAAGGAGAGGAAGAUAAAGCCACUUGGACCCUGACUCAGUUAAAUCAUGAACCUCCAACACCCGCAUUCAAACCCCUAAAGGUUCCUGGAAAGCUUCUGGAUACUCGACUGUAACUGUGAAAACUAUCAGGAGCAAACCGUUUUGUAAUGAGAAAGCAAAGCACUGACCUCAGAUCUGCUGAUUAUGAAAUAAUGCUGGAAAUAAAACCAUGUGAGAGUCAGUCUGUGACACAGGAGGUGUUUUUUUAUGACAAAAAUAGACUCACAAAAGUCACACGGACAACGAAGGCGAUGUAAAUAAGUUCAAAAUACACAUAAAUCCAAAAUAUCCGAGAAACACAAAACUGGCUGAUUAUCCAGAGGAUGUUUUUCUCCUGACAGGUCCAUAUUUUUCUAAAGUCACAGUAAAAAUCCUACAGUGAGGUUUUUGUUGGGAAAAGAGGUUACAUCACUCUACGAAAAUGACACAGAAAAACAGAUUACCCCAGGAAACCUGACACAAGCUCAGUGUCUCUGCUUCAAGUUUCUGACUGAGCAAUAGGAUUUAACUGAUGAAAUACAACUUUGAACAGAAGAUUAUCUGGAAAGACCGGAAGAGUAAGAACAGACCAGAGUGGAGAAUUAACAGACCAGAGAGAAGUAAUAACAGACUGAAGCAGAGGAAUAACAGAUCAGAGCAGAAUAAUAACAGACCAGAGCAGAGUAAUAACAGACAAGAGCAGAGUAAUAUCAGACCAGGGCA